AUGGGUAUACGUAUACUUCCCGACAUUAGGCCCAGAGUUGGAGGUGCAGCCCCUCCCAUGACCCAUAUUCAUGAUCACAUGCAGCCUGGGCGCCCUGGUGAUGGUCUCCGAUUUCGUAUACCGGAGGAUCGGGCACCUCCCAGUAAGGGUCCUGCUCAAGGGCCGUUGGCAGGGCAUGGUUUCUGGGAACGCUUUCUGCUGUCGGCGCUAUGCUGGGUAGCGAAUGCUUACUAUAUCUACGAGGGAGGUGAUUACGGCACUUACCGUCAUACAUAUUUGAUGCCUCCAUUGACGGGAGCUCGUACCCCGAUGACGAGGCCUGCUGGUGUGUCAUCCUCGGGUCAGGCCCGGGCUCGGGCUGCAGACGUUCCUUCCACCAGCGGGGCUGGUACAUCUAGAGGUGGGGGUAGACCGGUUCCUCCGAUUUCGCCGACUUAUCCUCAUCCUGGAUGGCCAGAUAUGCCAACUGAGUUGAUGGCGUGGCAUUAUGGGGCUAUUUCUCCGACUCCGAUCCCGCUAGAGCCUCCGAUGCCCAGUGAUCGAUACGCCAUUGAUCCUGACUCACCGCUGCCACCGCGAGGGUACAUGGAGGAGGUGGUUGGACUGGUGGCCACACUCAAGGGCAUGGUCCUGCGGAGGGAGGCACAGUUGUCUAUCGCGGGCAUUCAGAUGCCUUCAUGGUCUGGUCAGCCGCAGGUCAGGCCACCUGGGCCUCCUUGGGGAGCUGGGCCAUCUGGGCCAUUUCACGGAGUUGGGUCGUCCGGGCCUUUUCAGGGGGCUGGGCCAUCCCGGCCUUUCCGAGGAGCUGGGCCAUCUAGGCCUUUUCGAGGAGCACGAGGAGGGUCCUCCCGUCGCCCUUUCGGGUUUUCGCAUAAAGCGUCGAGAUAA